CACACUGCCUAAGUGUGAGUCAUGGGCGUCAGUGGCUUCUCGAUAUCCACUUCGACUACCUGAACGCGACUCCAAACUGAGAAUUUUUCGCCUUUUAGAAAUACGCCUUAUCCAUCGUUCGGACCCCUCGAUCAUCAUGGGUGGAACAGCUCAAGACGUGGAAACGGGAGGGAUUAACCCUCUGCCCGAGGGAUUUGGCUCUUCCUUCAACGAAAAGAGGAUUCGAUUGAAAUUCGUGCGUAAAGUGUAUGCCAUUCUGAUGAGCCAACUAAGUCUGACCACGAUCACCAUUGGUGUGUUCUGUUUUACUCCGGCCAUCAAGCGGUUCUAUUGCUCGGACGUGGCCUUGAAUGCUGCGGGAUCGCUGCAAUGUGUCAACGCCAGUUUGUAUGGCCUUAGUUUGUAUUGGGGCUCCUAUUUGGUCUUUAUCAUUACUUACUUCACCCUGAUCUGCUCUUCGAAUGUACGGCGAAAAUCCCCGGGGAAUGUCAUCGCUCUGUUGGUGUUCACGGCCGCUGUAUCCUUGAUGUUGGCCAAUAUAGCUCUGUAUCAUGAUGUCAAUUGGGUGAUGCUGGCCAUUGGGAUCACGGCCUUAUUGUGCCUGGGCUUGACCUUGUUCGCCUGUCAGACCAAAGUGGACGUCACGGGUUGGGGAAUCUAUUUGUUUGCCGCCUGUUGGAUCUUGUUCAUCUUCGCCAUCUUGAUGAUGGUAUUUUUCCUCAAGUCUUACCCUUUAAUGGGCGUGGUUUACUCGGGCCUUUUGGCGCUCUUGUUUUCGUUGUUCUUUAUCUACCACACCCAGCUCAUGUUGGGCUCCAAAAAGUACCGACUAUCACCCGAGGAGUCCAUCUUUGCCGCCACGCAACUCUAUGUGGAUGUGGCCAAUAUCUUCAUGGGCAUUCUCGGUCUCGGAGGCGGUCGCUAAAAACCCAUGGUCAAAACCUUUUCAAGCUAUUUCUAACAAUAAGAGAUCUUUUUCUAAACAAAAAAAACCUGUUACAUUAAUAAAUAAGGCUACCGUUGAGGCUAAGGUAUGUCGAGUUGAUCAA